AUGGAGGUUACAGCUCUCUGCUUCAGACUGAUGAUGCUUGUAUUCAUUCUGCUCGGAGCACAUGUUCAGAAUAUCGAUGCAGCUCUUCGUAUCGUUCCAAACAGACUGCAGUUCUUUGAGUACGAGUCGGUCUCUUUUCACUGUGUGGGUUCUGAUGGAUCCACUCAGUUGAGAGGGAUCAGGACCGCUGUGGACUUUAUUUCUUCAUGUUAUAAGGAGACGCUGGUACUGUCAUGUUCUAUUCAAAGAGCCUAUGGAGGAGACGGAGGAGAAUACUGGUGUGAGACUGAAGGAGGAGAGAGAAGCAACAGUGUCGUCAUCUCUGUCACUAACGGUUCAGUGAUCCUGGAGAGUCCUGUCCUCCCUGUGAGAGAAGGACACGAUGUGACUCUGAGGUGCAGAAACAUGACGACCUCCUCUACCAUCACAGCUGAUUUCUAUAAAGACGGCCUCCUCAUCAGGAGCAGCUCUACGGGAAACAUCACCAUCCUCCAUGUUUCCAAGUCUGAUGAAGGACUCUACAAGUGCAGAGUGUCUGAUGGAGGAGAGUCAGCAGAGAGCUGGCUGACUGUCAGAGAUCUUCACAGAGAGACUCGUCCCUCCUCAGACCACUUCCUCCACGCUGUCCUCGUCUUAAGGACUGUGCUCACCAUAGUGAUGGUGGCUCUGCUGCUGCUGCUGCUGGGACUACUUCACUGUGGGAAACUCAGAGUCACACAGAAAUAA